AUGAAAAACAUUGCCAUGUCCAUUCUGGCCGUCGUGGCCUUCGCCCAGGCUAGCCCAGUUGCCAAACCUUCCGAAACGCCGCGGCCCAUCACUCCCGCCCCGAUCAUUCCUCCUCCUCUCGGGGACAUUCGCGGUCUCGAUAUGCAGGACCCUGGUUUACCCAAGGACAAGAUCCCAUCGUGUGCCAUUCUUUGUAUCAAUAGUUAUGCCGAUAAGCGUGGCAAAUGCGAACUUGCCGACCAUCACUGCAUCUGCGCUGACCUGGACUUCCAAGACCCGGAUAUCAUGCGAUGCACCAUUGACGGCUGCGGCUACACCAAAUCUCAGAACCGCGUCGUCCCCGCUGUCGAGAACUUUUGCGCAGAGCGGCUGAAAAACUGA